AUGUGUCAUUCGAAUAUUGAAGAUAAUGUACAAGAAGAGGACUGUGGACCAGACGGCAUGUGUUUCUUUCAGGAUAUUAUGAACGAGAUGACCGACACUGACAAAUACCUACGUGGUUGUGACCAUGUGUUCAUGUGUGAGCUAAUCAAAACGACAAACAGUAUGCCAUCGAAUAAUUUGCCUACCAUUCCGCCGACAAUAAAAGUGAAUUUCACUUACUGUGUUCCUGAGGUACCAUAUUACGGCCUCACAGACGAAAGACACGAUGGUACAUUUUGUUGUUGUGAUGAAGAUUAUUGCAAUAAAGAUGAAGAAAUGGAACAAAAUGCCGUAUAUAGUCAAAUAAAGCUGCUGUCGUCGGGAACGAAGGAAGAUUAUGACAAAUUGCUACAAGUGGCUGAGGUUUUGAAAUUGAAUGGUACAUCUCGUCAUUAA